AUGAUCGGAGCAGAACUUAUUGCGGAAACGCUCCAGCAACUGGGAGUUGCCGAUGCCUGCAUUGAGAAAGGCAUUCGAUUUAUCCCCUUCAGAAACGAACAGCAAGCUUCUCUAGCAGCUUCAAUAUACGGCUACUUAGCUAACAAGCCUGGGGUUCUGCUGACAGUUGGAGGACCAGGGGUUGUCAAUGCCCUGGCCGGUGUGUACAACGCGAACUCCAACAAAUGGCCCCUCAUGGUCCUGGCCGGAUCAACUAAAAUAUGCCUGCAAGCAAAAGGCGGAUUUCAGGAACUGGAUCAGGUCAGUCUAAUGAAGCCAUGGGCAAAAAGUAGCUUUCGCACAGUUUUAAGCAGCCAAAUACCACUGUUUAUCGAGAAAGCCUAUUGGACAUCCAUAGCAGAUGUGCCAGGGACAACUUAUGUUGACUUGCCUGACGACAUUAUCAAACAAACAUGCUACGAGGAUGUUAGAGUGACGAAAUUCGACCUUUCAUUACUUUCGAUUACAAUUCCGGAACCAACAAAGAUAAGAAGGGCCACCGAAGUCUUAAAAGAUGCCAGGUUUCCGUUGCUGAUAAUUGGGAAGGGGGCAGCAAAUGCAUCGCAGACACUCAGACAAUUUGUUGAGACCCAUCGGAUCGCGUUCCUCCCCACACCAAUGGGAAAAGGAAUCAUUCCAGAUGCUUCCAAUUAUAACGUUUCCUCUGCAAGGUCUUUGGUGUUGAAGCAUGCAGACGUGGUGCUAGUGGCAGGUGCCAGAUUGAACUGGAUUCUCCAUUUUGGAGAGCCUCCGAAAUUCAACAAAGACGUCAAAAUCGUUCAAAUUGACACAGAUGCCGGCGAAAUUGCACGUAGCGUUGGCACUUUAGAGCUCGGCAUCCUGGGAGAUGUGGAACGCACAGUGAGCUCUCUCAGCGACCAGUUGCACGGACACCAAUUUCCAGCGCUUCCCAAGAUAGUCACAGAGCUGAUUGAAAAAAGAGAGCAAGCGUUGCAUCAACUGGAAGAAAUUGUAAAUGAUGAUCUUAUGCCUAGUCACACUCAAGCGCUGGCCGCCAUUAGGAAACACAUGCCGCCUGAUGCAAACAUUGUGGCCGAGGGCGCUCGUACAAUGGAUCUGUCCCGACAGAGUUUGUACCUACGCGAGCCUCGCCAAAGGCUGGAUGCAGGAACCAAUGGCACAAUGGGGGUUGGUUUGGCAUAUGCAGUGACAGCCAAAUUGACAGCCAAAGACAAGCCGUUGAUUGUUAUACAGGGAGACUCGGCAUUUGGGUUCUCAGCCAUGGAGAUCGAGACACUUGUGCGAGAAAGACUUCCCUGUAUAAUCAUAGUGCUCAAUAAUUCAGGAAUUUACAAUGGAGUUGAAAACCCGCGUGAGUACAUUCCAUACACCAAGAAACCGCUUCCUUCAACGGCGUUGACUUUCGGAGUUCGGUACGAAAAGAUCGGCUGGUCAUUGGGUGGGACCGGCUAUUUCGUGGAGAAAUGCAAGGAGCUAGAUGACGUUUUGAAAAAAGGGAUGGAAGACAUGUUGAGCGGAAAAGUUGUUUUAAUUAACGUGAUGGUGAAACCACACGCAAAAUUAUAG